AUGCGGACAAUCUCCAGACUGCCAGGCAGGAGUUGGCGAAGCAGAGGAGAAGUUGAUAUUGAAGGUCAGGAACUCUCACCAGAAGACUUGAAGCUUCUGUACUCAGUGAGAACCAGUCUGCAGGUAGCAGCUGCUGCGCAGGGGUUGCGCCUUCCUGCACCCAGCUGCACCAGCACUGCAAGGGCUGCUUGUGGCCAGCACGUUCAAGCUCAAGGCGCAGAUUCUGUGUGUUCCUCACUUGCUGGAACUACAGACCACAUAUUGGGAAUAACGGGCCAGCAGCUGGUGUUAAGGAACCUACAAGUGAAUGAGGCAAAGAGAACCAAUGCGUUAUUGACUCCAAUUCUGGAACAGAGACUGGCAGACAGGACGAGGAUGCUGUAUGAGUGGUGCAUCGACGAUGAAAUGUGCUGUGAACCAGAUGCAGAUGUUCCAAAGGCGAUUGAGAAGCACAUGGUAUCCAAGGUUGCAGCCAUAGCAGCAUCCUGGCCUGCCAACCAGUCGGCUGUCUUGAAUGUUGCAAAGAACUACAAAGAGUGCAUGGACCAACAGGUGGAGGCAUGGAGGAAUUUGAAAGGCAUCAUUGAUCACCAUGUGCAUGGAUCAGAGAUCGAAUGCUACAAGGCUCAACUUGACUGCCUGGAAUCACAGCUGGAGACCACUGGCAAGCUUGUAGAGCGCUGCGAUGCUGAGCUCAAGGAGGUUACAUACACAACAGACUCUGUGCAAGCACUUCAGAAAGUCAGCGAGGUCUUGGAUGCUGAAGAGAGCACUCUUCAUGCAAGACUGAAUCAGCUGCAGGUCCAGCUUCAGCAGUACCAGAAUCUUGGUGAACCUAUGAUGGGUGUUGCGCAAGAGUACCAGAAAAUAAGGGGGCAGGUUGAGGAGACAAAGCAUACAGUAGACCAAUUCAACAUGUUGCUGUCAGAGUUGGAUGAGCAGAAGGAAGGGAUGUCUCCAUGA